AUGGCUGCUCCCAUGGACGUUCCACUGCAUCACGUUCGAGGGGAAAUUUGUUCCACACGACCGACUUACAGAGAAGGAAGAAACCCAAAAGCAGUGAAAGUAUAUACUAUUAACCUUGAAUCAAGCUACCUACUAGUACAGGGUGUACCAGCCUUGGGAGCCACACAGGAGCUCAUUAAGUUAUUUGCUCUCUAUGGUGCAAUAGCAGAGUACAGAAUUCUGGACGACUACCCAACAGCUGACAAGUUCACAGAUGUAUUCCUAAUUAAAUUUGAGCGUAUCCAGGCAGCCAGAAUUGCUCGAAGAAAGCUUGAUGAUUGGUCAUUUUUUGGUGGCAUUCUGCAUGUGUGUUAUGCUCCAGAGUAUGAAAGUGUGGAGGAAACUCGUUUUAAACUUCAGGAUCGGCGAAAAGCAAUAGCUGCAAGGAUUAGAAAAAAUGAGGCUGAAAGUGGGCAACCCAAAGUGUUUAACAGUACGGAAUCUCAGUCAGCCUUAUCAGGUCAGAGUUCAAAUGAUCAAGGUCAGAAGUCAAAAAAUCAAUUUUCUACUGCUAAAGGACCUCUCCCUGGGAAUUCAUUUCCUAAUGCUCAGGAAAUCAACCCUUCAAAAGAGGCAACCCACACUGACAGAACAGGCGCUAGAGAGACGCAAAGACUUACUUAUAAGACCAAUCAGUUUGAUGCCCGUGUGCCACCAAUACCAUAUAAGGCAGACACUUCACCAUUGGAGGAGGAACAACAGGUCUGGAUUCCACCUCCACCUAAGGAAGGUUCUUCCAGGGAGGAUCAUUCCUGCAAUUCAAUGUCAGAUUAUGAAUUCGCGAGAGUUAGGACAGCGCACUCUGUGUUUCCACCUAAUUAUGAUGCUAGAAUUUUAACAGAUUUUGACACCACAAAAAGUUGUCAGAGCACAUACGCAAAUAAAAAAAGUGAAACUAAUCCAGCAGAAAUGUCCAACAGCAUUUCUGAAGCAAAUAACAAUUUUAGAGAAAGGUUGGGGAAAAAAAAUUUAUCAAAAGGUGACAAUUCAGAUGUUAGGAUAAAACAAAAAGAGGUUCCUAGUAACUACGAGAAUGAUCAGUCUAGCAUAUCACAUUCCAAAGUAAAACUUCAGGCAGGUGUUAUUGUCCGGGCAUUCAAACCACAGACAGCACCCCCCAAGUUUGUUCCAAGACAGAUGAUGAAGUUAUCCAAGAAAACUGUUAAUAAUUCAGUAAAUACAUUGAAGGAGGAAGUGAACAGGGAGUUGAGACAGAAUGCUUUAAAACUCGGAGAUGUUCAUGGACCUGUGGCUCAGGGCCAGGAUAGUGUACAGGAACCAGUAAAACCUACAGAAACAGAGGAGUCAGUGGAAAAAACCAGGAUGCAAAUCAGAAAACGAGUCUCCGAGAUUACCAGUUCAGAGGAAAGUACAGCAAAGAAAGCCAAGUCCAGCUGACCGUUGUAUUACGUAAUAAAGUCAUGUUUUGUUUAUUUAUUUUCUCAAUAAAAUGUCUUUGAAAAAAUAA